GCCGCGGCUGCUGCUCAAAGUGGCGGAGCGCGGCGGCGGGAGGCAGGUGCACGGCACCGCCAGUGGGGGUGCCUCAACUUCCGCGGCGCUUAAAUAGCGGCCUCGCUCCCCUCCCACCGGUAAUAGGCUGCCUGCUGUUUCCCGGGGAGAUCAUGAAACGAGGUCGCCUUCCCAGCAGCAGUGAGGAUUCUGACGACAAUGGCAGCCUGUCAACUACCUGGUCCCAGAAUUCUCGAUCCCAGCACAGGAGAAGUUCCUGCUCCAGACAUGAAGACCGGAAGCCCUCGGAGGUGUUUAGGACAGACCUGAUCACUGCCAUGAAGUUGCACGACUCCUACCAGCUGAACCCGGACGAGUACUACGUGUUGGCAGACCCCUGGAGACAGGAGUGGGAGAAGGGCGUCCAGGUGCCCGUGAGCCCGGGGACCAUCCCUCAGCCUGUGGCCAGGGUUGUGUCUGAAGAGAAGUCCCUCAUGUUCAUCAGGCCCAAGAAAUACAUCGUCUCUUCGGGCUCCGAGCCUCCAGAGUUGGGCUAUGUGGAUAUCCGGACACUGGCUGACAGCGUGUGUCGAUAUGACCUCAAUGACAUGGACGCUGCGUGGCUGGAACUGACCAACGAAGAGUUUAAGGAGAUGGGGAUGCCUGAGCUAGAUGAGUACACCAUGGAAAGAGUCCUGGAGGAGUUUGAGCAGCGAUGCUAUGAUAACAUGAACCAUGCCAUAGAGACGGAGGAGGGCCUGGGGAUCGAGUACGACGAGGAUGUGGUCUGUGAUGUCUGCCAGUCCCCCGACGGUGAGGACGGCAACGAGAUGGUGUUCUGUGACAAGUGCAACAUCUGCGUGCACCAGGCCUGCUAUGGAAUCCUCAAGGUGCCAGAGGGCAGUUGGCUGUGCCGGACAUGUGCUCUGGGGGUUCAGCCAAAGUGCUUGCUGUGCCCCAAGAAGGGUGGAGCUAUGAAGCCCACCCGCAGCGGUACCAAGUGGGUCCACGUCAGCUGUGCCCUGUGGAUCCCUGAGGUGAGCAUCGGCAGCCCAGAGAAGAUGGAGCCCAUCACAAAGGUAUCUCACAUCCCCAGCAGCCGGUGGGCUCUAGUGUGUAGCCUCUGCAAUGAGAAGUUCGGGGCCUCCAUCCAGUGCUCUGUGAAGAACUGCCGCACAGCCUUCCAUGUGACUUGUGCUUUUGACCGGGGCCUAGAAAUGAAGACCAUCUUGGCCGAGAAUGAUGAAGUCAAGUUCAAGUCCUACUGCCCCAAGCACAGCUCACAUAGGAAACCUGAGGAGAGCCUUGGCCAGGGGGCCAUGCAGGAGAACGGAGCCCCGGCAUGUUCCCCCAGGGACCCGCUGGAGCCCUUCGCCAGCCUCGAGCAGAACCGGGAGGAGGCCCACCGGGUGAGUGUCCGCAAGCAGAAGCUGCAGCAGCUGGAGGAUGAGUUCUACACCUUCGUCAACCUGCUGGAUGUGGCCAGGGCCCUGCGGCUGCCUGAGGAAGUAGUGGAUUUCCUGUACCAGUACUGGAAGUUGAAGAGGAAGGUCAACUUCAACAAGCCCCUGAUCACCCCAAAGAAAGACGAAGAGGACAAUCUAGCCAAGCGGGAGCAGGAUGUCUUGUUUAGGAGGCUGCAGCUGUUCACGCACCUGCGGCAGGACCUGGAGAGGGUUCGGAACCUCACUUACAUGGUGACCCGCAGGGAAAAGAUUAAACGAUCUGUGUGCAAAGUCCAGGAACAGAUAUUCAAUCUUUACACUAAGCUCUUGGAGCAAGAAAGAGUUUCAGGUGUGCCUUCUUCCUGCUCUUCCCCUUCACUGGAAAACAUGCUUUUGUUUAACAGCCCUUCGGUGGGCCCCGAUGCUCCCAAGAUAGAGGACUUGAAGUGGCAUUCUGCAUUCUUCAGGAAACAGAUGGGUACUUCCUUGGUUCAUUCGCUGAAAAAGCCUCAUAAGCGUGACCUACUGCAGAGUAGCACUGGGAGCGAGGGCAAGGCCCUGCUGAAGCAGCCAGACGCGUGUGGCGGCAGGGAGGGGCUGGUGGUCCCAGAGAGCUUUCUGAGUUUUGAGAAGACUUUCGCAGAAGCACGUUUCAUGUCAGCGCAACAGAAGAAUGGUGUGGUGAUGCCAGACCAUGGGAAAAGAAGAGACAAUCGUUUUCAUUGUGAUCUCAUGAAAGGAGACUUAAAGGAUAAGCCUUUUAAACAGAGUCACAAGCCUCUCAGGUCCACAGACAUGUCUCAGAGGCAUCUGGACAACGCAAGAGCUGCCACCUCUCCCGGAGCAGGGCAGUCAGCACCCGGCGCCAGGAAGGAGAUCGUGCCCAAGUGCAAUGGCUCCCUAAUCAAAGCGAACUAUAAUCAGACUGCAGUCAAAGUGCCUACCACACCUGCCAGCCCGGUGAAAAACUGGGGAGGAUUCCGGAUUCCAAAGAAGGGGGAGCGGCAGCAGCAGGGAGAGGCCCACGAGGGGGCCUGCCACCAGCACUCAGACUACCCGUACUUGGGCUUAGGCCGAGUUCCAGCCAAGGAAAGGGCAAAAAGCAAAUUAAAAUCCGACCAUGAGAACGAUGGGUAUGUCCCCGAUGCAGAAAUGAGUGACUCGGAGAGCGAGGCAUCGGAAAAGAAAUGUAUGCACGCCAGCAGCACCAUCAGCAGGAGGACAGACAUCAUCAGGAGGAGCAUCUUGGCCUCUUGAUGACGCAGAGGUGGCGCAGGGCGCACGUGGGCUUGCUGGGUGUGCUGGGGGCGAGCGCUGAUAACGGGGGACGAGAGAAACACAUUAUUCCCAAGAUACACGAACACAUUUACUUGUCACUCAAAUUGAAUUUUUCCCAGGGUCCUUUAUAAAUCGUUGUUAUGAGAAGUUUGUGUUAUUUGCAACUCACUGAGGCAACAGAAGAAUAGAUGGUAACUAUGAGACACUCCUAAGAGCAGAACCUGAACUAAACACUAAAACAAGAACGAAUUAGGUUUUUAAGAGGGCAAGGCUCAAAUCAGCCUAAUGAAUUUUAAUUGCCCUCUGCUUUCUUCCCAAAGCACAAACUCUUGGUUACCUGGACGUACACAAUCAGACAUAAUUCUGUAUAGUGCAUCAGUGCCACUUAUACCCUCAUGUACCAUUUAUAGCCCGUAAAGCUUGUUUGCUAGGACUGUGAUAGAUCUUGAAAUUGUUUUGGCCCACAAGGCUGUUUUUGUUGCAUUCAUAGUAUACAGGCAGCAGCUCUGAAGCUUCAGAAACACUAGGGAAUUCAUGUGUAAAUAUAGCAGUCAGGGAAGAGAGAAUUUUUAAAAAGGUCAUUACUGGAAGAGCUGAAAGGACGAGGAAGAGCUGCUGCAGCUUGGUGAUGAAGGUCCUGCUGGCAGAAGCCUGCAAGUGGGUUGUGGGUGUAGGACCGGCAAAGGUGAAGGCGUUUGGAAAGUUUUCUCCCUGAGGAUAGGCAGUUAGGGUCCAAUUUUUCCAGUGCCAUUGACCUUCUUCCCUAACCACUGGUUCUUGGGCCAGCUUGGGGUUUCCCUAGCCAUUGCUAAUACCUGGCCGUCUGGCUUCUGACAGUACAAUGGCUAUUCAGGUUCAAGCGAUGAACUCCAGACUCUGAUGCAUAUUUCCCAGAGCCAGGCACUAGCGCGUGUGCUGGUGAAUCCGGGUUUCUAUCAUAAACGGAUUCCUUAAGAAAAAAGGAAAAAAAGAAAAAAAAAAAAAAAAGAAAAAAGUGAAAUAGGUUUAUAUUUUAAAACAGUAGAAAGGCAAUAAGUUGCGAUAAGUUCUUACCAUUGACCAAUACAGGAAAGAGACUGAAGUGUACCCUUGAGUAGGUUUGCUGGAGUCAGAGUUUUAAACUCUUAAUUUGUAACUUGGAUUUUCUGAUUGCAAACGGCAAUAACUAGUAAGUUAUCAGCAAUAAUAAAUUUAGCAUUAAAUUUGAGUACAAUGUUCUGUUCUUGCACUCUCUGUAGUGCACAUGUGUUAAGACAGUGGAUAGUGUUAAGGUCCUGUUAAUUUUCUUUGGAAUUCAAUGUAGUUGUGAAUCAAUCUUAAGAGAAGGAAGGUUUAAAUAGCAAUGAGAUGUAGAAUUGUGGGCAUUUGGAAGAAGCCCAACUUCCCCUAAAUUACGCUUUGGUUUGUUACUAUCAGUAUUCAGAUUUCUGAGUUAUUUGUACAUCUGUUUCCAUGUGGCAGGGACAUUCUGAUACUUAAUGAAUACUGCUUUGAGUUCUGUAGUUAACUUCCAAGUCUUCCAGAUGAUUGUCAACGAAAGAAAAGGCUUAUUGAAUUCCAUCUUGCUAUGCAAGUUUUAUCUGAUGAUCAAGUAGUAGAUCUGAUGCAUCCCCAUUGUAUGUAUGACAUUUUCAAACCAAGUCUUAACUUUUCGAGUACAUUUAGUAGCUAAUUCAGGGGAGGGGAAAGAAUGACCCAGGUUUUUAGAUUGACUAUUUUUGAGCUAUGGGGCUCACUUUGAAAGACUGCGGUCCAGAUCAGCUUGUUGCUACAGAUAUUAGAAGGUUCUUAGGAAUCCAGGUUGUACGUUCACUCAUAGAAUAAUUUAGAUGCUUUUGCAUACGAGCAAAAACCUUUUGCUGGAUACAGGAGAAGGUUGGACUCUACAGUUAUCUUUUGAUUACAGCAACAGCUUUGGGCAAGAGUAGAAUUUAUAGAAGGAUAAUUUGUGAAGCCAUAGACAGAAAAUCUAAAUUAAUCUAGUAAGUAUAUGACCUCUCACCAUUUUAAGAGGUAUCAGAUUCAUUUGCACUAUGAGGAAUGCUAGUUUUGUGCAAAAAUAAUGCCUUACCUAUUUUUUCCCCACAUUUAGGUUGAAAAGCUUUCAAAUGUUCCAAGUUAUGCUGAACCAAAAAAUAAAACAAAACACAACAAAAAAAAUAAAAAUAAAAAACCCCAUUAAAAAAAACAAAACACAAAAAAAUAAAAGCCCACAGUUUUUAUUCCUGCUUCAAAAUGCAAAUGGUAUAGAGCACGGUUUCUCUGACAGUAUAAUGAUAGCUUUGUAAGUUAGUUUCAUGUCAUGCUGGGAACUCUGUAUGAGGUGGCCAUAAGCAGCAACCAGCCCGACCUACCCACUUGCAUUCUAUUAGUGUGGAACCAUUUGCUUUUGUUUUUCUUUUCUUUUUUUUUAAUCUUUCCUUGUGCAUCCUGACCAAGAAAUAUCUUUGAUUAUGAUCAGUGUAUUAUGUCAAAAUGUAGGCUAGUUAAAACUUUUGUAAAGUUGCCUGGAAUGUCAUUUGUUAGGUUAUAAACACAAAAUCUAAACGAAGGGUUUUAUGUGUUGUGUACAAAUCAAUUAUUUUGAAAUGGACAAACGUCAUUACAUUUGUAACCUUGUACAGAGGAUUUUCACUAUGUGCCUAGCUUGGUGUCCAUUCAGCUAAAAUUGAAAAAAAAAAAAAAGGUGCAUGAAGAGUUAAAAAUCAGAAAUUAAACAAAAUAUAUGUAGAGAUGACUAUUUUAUAUUACAUGGCCCAAUCCUGUAUUUAUUUCUACCCCCUUUUUGAAAGUAUUUAUAAAACUAGUUGAGGACAGCUGUAUUUUUUUGUUGGAACUAUUUAGUAGAAUUUGUGCCUUUUUGUCUGUAUGUGAAUAAAUGCUGUACAUUUUGCAAUACA